UUUGCACGGGAUGCUUGGACGCGGAUUCUUUCUUAUUCCCUUAAUUUCAGAUUUAUUAUUCCAUUAUUAUUAAAUUUUAAUUCAUUUAAAAUGCCAGUCUUUGCUGUUAAUCGUUCUCCAAAACCAAUGAGAAAUGCUUUGUCAACGCCUAGUGAUCCACGUACUGAUCCUAGGCCUAAGAAAAUGGAAGAAGAUGUAAAACUACUUCGUUCAGAAUUAAACAACUUGAGAAAACAAAAUACAGCGUUAAACAAGGGAAUAAAAAAUUUGGAGGCAGAAAUUGGUGAAAGUGCUUUUAAACGUUUAGUUGAACAAGUAGCCUCACCGGAGUCUUCAUUAGUGGAGGCAGAAGAAUAUUCUUCUCGUACUGAGGGUAAGUAAAGUUAUAAAUAAAUUGCAAUUAGGGAAUUCUUUGCGGACUUUUUUGCGGACGAAUUGGGGGGGGGGGGGGGGGGGGACUUUUCUGAGGGACUUUUUCUGUGGACAUUAAUUGCGGACUUUUUUUGUGGGAUUUUUUCGCUGACAUUUUUGGGAGGACUUUUCUGCGGACAUUUUUUGGGGGGACUCUUUUGCGGACAUUUUUUGCG